AUGCGCAGCGUGGGUUUGCGGGUGGGGGCUCUGAGCGCUGCUUUCUUCUCCACCGAGCUCCUGCUGCGAGUGUACGACGGCGAGAGGCGCCCCCGACAGACAGCAUGGGCAGGGGCGGGUGCCGGGGCCCUCUAUGGCCUGGCCACCAACGUCGGACUGCCCUCAGGACUGGGAGCUACCCGCUUGAUAAGCACCGUGCUGGCGGGCAGCCUGGGGUCCCUCCUGGGAUUCUGUGUUGGGUGGGUGGAUCGAGCUACGGACGCGUGGCUUCCCGACGACCUCAAACGACAGCGUCAGGAACACUGGCGGCAGCUGCAGGACAUCUGCGAGGGCAGAGACAUGACCCCGCAGGCGCCGCCUCACCCAGCCAGCGACUCCAUGGAUGUCACUGCGGCGGUGAUUGCAUCCCUGGAGGCGAGUCUCCAAAAGUGCGCAAGGGUUAGCCAUCGAGCCUUCACUGCCGAGACCUCCGAGAGCCUGUCAGACCUACCUGAGCCCGAGACGGUGGGGUGGGGCGCCACCAAGAUGUCCGAUAUGCUUCAGGAGAAGGGCCCGGAAGCUGGCGCCUGGCUCUGGGUGUCCAGGGACGACCACGUCAUUGACGCUGUGCGGAAGAUGACCAAGGCCAACGUGGGAAGCCUGCUGGUCUUUGACCCCUCCAAGAUCGAGGAGCCCAAGGGGACGGACAAGAUCCUGCACGCGUCAAGGGAGGCCGUCGUGGGCAUCUUCACCGAGCGUGAUUACAUGACCAAGAUUGCAGUCCAGGGACGAAGCUCCCGCGACACCAAGAUCUCGGAGGUGAUGACGCCCAACCCCAUCACCGUCACGCCCAAGCACAGCGUGCUGGACGUAAUGGAGCUGAUGAUCAACAAGAACUUCCGCCACGUCCCUGUGGUGGACGAGGGGCGGCUGCUGGGCAUGGCCUCCAUGCGUGACGUGGUGCAUGUUAUGCUGAAGGAACACCGCGAGGAGGUCGGCCGGCUGCAGGAGUACAUCCAGGGCACCUUCUGA